AUGGCGAACCCUACAGACAAGGACACCUACGUCUUCACCCGGGACUUCCGCGACAACAACCGCAUCAACCUCCAGCAUUACCUAUGGGUUGAGCUCUUUGGCUACCACAUCCAUCCCUCCAUCCCCACCGACAGCCCAAACUUACGCAUUGCCGAUGUCGGCACCGGCACGGGCAUCUGGCUCACCGACCUGGCUCGUCGUCUCCCCCCAUCCACCGCACUCGACGGCUUCGAUAUUUCCCUGGCCGCCGCGCCGCCCCCGCAAUGUCUCCCAGCAAACAUCACCCUCCAGCACUGGGACCUCCUAGCCGACGAAGUCCCCAGCCAUCUCAGAGGGACAUACGACAUCGUGAACAUGCGCCUUCUCGUGCUCGUGAUAUCCGAUGACCAGAUUGAGAGAGUGAUUGAGAAGCUAGUGCAGUUGCUAAGUGCAACCAACCGGCCACCUCCAAAUCUCCGAGCCGGACAUGACAACCUAGCGCAUCGAGUCCGUCCCGCCGAACGUGCCCGCCCCGGCGUCCGCAGCCCUCUGGGAGCUAAGCCUCAAGGAGCAAGGGUCCCAAUUCACGCCAACCUAGGUGCCGCGUCUGGAGUCAAUCCUGUCCAAAGCCGGACUGCGCAAUGUGCAGUGCGACGUCAAAAGCGCACCGCCGGACAUGGCGCUCGCGCUGCACGAGUGCAACCUCACCAUCUCGGAGCUGGUGGCGCGCAAGACAAAGAAUCGGCAGUGGGCGGAGCAAAUUGA